AUGGCGAAUCCUAGCGCAGGACAGUUUGUCCACCAGCAACAGCUUCACCCGACCUAUCCAAGCCCAGUCACGAGCGCAACAGAAUCACCGCCGCAAAGCCUCCUCGCAAAGCAGCGAAACCUCGCCCCGACAUUAACUCCAGCAGAAGAUCAGAACAAGAUGCCGUUGCAUCGUCCCGACAAGGAAGCUUUAGUGGAGCGGGUUUGCAACAUGGGUGCCCAGACGCCAGCAUCGCUCGCCGCGCAGAUUGAACACGAGAUGCAACAAAAGACUUCCACCUAG